GGACACUCAGCAUUCUCGCUUUCAGCCUUUCACCGUCUAGAGGUUUGUAAGUUGCAGAGGGAAACGAAUCAGUGAGCUGGCUGUUGUUGUUCGUUGAUCCGGUACCUGAGCGAGAGUCUUUAAUGGCGACUUCAGAGAAGUCGGUUAUGGUGGUCGGAAUCGACGACAGUGAGCAUAGCUACUAUGCUCUUGAGUGGACUCUCGACCACUUCUUCGUCCCUUACGCCGCCAAUACUCCUUUUAACCUCGUCAUCGUUCACGCGAAACCCCCUCCUUCUACUGUUAUCGGACUCGCCGGACCUGGAAUUGCAGGAGCUGCCGAAGUUUUGCCGUUCGUGGAGUCGGAUCUGAAGAAAAUGGCAGCCAGGGUUGCAGAAAAGGCAAAGGAAAUUUGUUGCUCUAAAUCGGUGGAACAUGUAGUAGUGGAAGUUGUGGAAGGCGAUGCUAGGAAUGUUAUUUGUGAGGCUGUAGAAAAACACCAUGCAUCUACGUUGGUUGUGGGCAGUCAUGGCUAUGGAGCUAUAAAAAGGGCGGUGUUAGGCAGCGUGAGUGACUACUGCGCUCAUCAUGCUCAUUGUACUGUGAUGAUUGUGAAGAAGCCCAAGAUCAAGCACUAAGCCCUUUCUCUACUUUCUAAUAAAUAAGUGGUUGGAUUCAAAUGCAUCAUGUUUAGCUGAGAUAUUCAGCAAAUGCCAUUGGUGUUGUAUCUUUAAUAUUUACAUCCCAUUCCUGGUUGUCGAUUGCUUUGAAGUUAAAUGAAAUAUUAUUGGCUGAUUGCACGUUGGAUUACAGU